GUCGAGAAAGCUUGAGGUGGAUCGUACAUCUGGUUGCUCCCUAGUUCCCUCCCAAACCCGCAAAUCUCAAACUCCGGGAGCAGCGCCGCCGCGGCAUCAUGGCGUCGCCGGCGCCCCCUCCCCCGUUCGUCUACAUCGACGCCGCGGCGCUCCACGAGUUCCUCCCCUUCCCGUCCCUGAUCUCCCAUCUCCGCGCCGGCCUCCCCGCCUUCUCCGAGGACAUCCACUGCCCACACCGCGUCUCUUUCCCGCUCCCCACCUCUCCCUCCGCGGCGCUCCUCCUCAUGCCCUCCUGGUGCGCGCACCCUUCGCUCCCCUACCUCGCCCUCAAGGCCGUCACCUCCUUCCCCGCCAACUCUCCGCGCCUCCCCUCCGUCCACGCCGCCGUCUCCCUCUUCAGCUCCGCCACCGGCGCCCCCCUCGCCUCCCUCGACGGCUCCGUCCUCACCCUCCUCCGCACCGCCGCCGUCUCGGCCCUCGCCGCCUCCCUCCUGGCCUCCCCCUCCCGGCCCCCGUCCACGCUCGCGCUCGCCGGCGCCGGCGCCCUCGCGCCCUACCUCGCCGAAGCGCACCUAUCCGCGCUCCCCUCAAUCUCCCGCAUCCUGGUGUGGAACCGCACCAAGGCCAAAUCCGCCGCGCUCGUGGCCAAGCUCCGGGAGGCGCACCCGGGGGUGGCAGUUGAGGAGGUCGACAGCAUGGACGAGGCGGUGUCCGUGGCGGACGUUGUGAGCUGCGCGACGGGGUCGCAGGAGCCGAUUGUGCGCGGGGGGCUGCUGAGGCCCGGCGCGCACCUGGACCUGGUGGGCUCCUUCACGCCGGCGAUGCGUGAGUGCGACGACGAGGCGCUCCAGCGGGGCAGGGUGUUCAUCGACUUUGAGGCGGCGAUGGACGAGGCCGGGGAGCUGGUUGGCGCGGUGAAGCGCGGCGUGCUUCAGAGGGAGGACAUGGCCGGGACGCUCGCGGAGCUGGCCGCGGGGACUGUGGCGGGCCGUCGCAGCGACGACGAGAUCACCGUGUUCAAGUCCGUCGGCACCGCAGUGGUCGACCUCUUGGCGGCGCAGCUGGCCUACGAGAACUACAUUGCAACCAAGAACACAUGAGCUGGAUCCAUGAAUUGCAAUUCCUCCAAAGAGUCAUCAGAGAAACGCGAAUAAAUAAACUGAUCAGAUGAGUGCUUCUGAUCAUUCUCUGUGGCACAUGUUCAUUUGCUCGUCGCUAGUGGAUUCUAAUAAGAAUGUGUUGUGAUCUCUUGAUGCCUUGUCUCUCUUUUUACUGAUAAUACGGUGUGGCAUUAUGAAAGAGAACUACAGUGUCAUAAUUUGGUUCUAGUGAUAUUUUGAAUCUUUGCGA